AAAGUCUGUCUCUUCUCUCUCUAACAAGGUAGAAUUUUACUCAAGCCAAAUCGCCUAACUUGAGAAGCUUCCAGGGAGGUACCAACUAAGAAAAUACCCCGCACAUACAGACUCUCUCUCUCUCUCACUCACUGUGGUCAACAAUAGGAAGAAGAAGAACGGGGAGAAGAACUGGGCACCCUUUUGAAUCAUCCAUGCGGUGUGUAAGUUUCGUGUGGUCUUCUCAGUCAAAUAAGAAAGCACCGACCGUCAUUGUGUUGUAGUGAGAAAGUCUUGGUCCUCAAAUUUUUGCAAGAAAUAUCUUCAAACCCUAGAGAGGAUAGAAACCAACAAAAACGUGCAGUAGUACUAACACAAAUGCCUGAGGUUUUAACUCCACCCUUCAACCAAACCCAGCGCUCAACUGAGCUAACCCUUCCCUGGCUUAGAAGUUAGGACACCCAUUUUCUUUAUGUUUUCUAUUUUGGGUUUUGAAUUUAUAUCAUAUAUCCAUGUUGUAGAUCUACAUAUAUAUAUAUUGGAAUUGGAAGCCCAGAUUGUAAAUCACCUGGCCAGUCAAGUAGGAAAGGGUUCUUCUGAGAAGAAGAAGAACAGAUGAGUUCCAAAAGUAAGCUCCCCUUUUCUCAGUACUCUUCCUCAUCAUCUUCCUCUCAGCACAAAGGCCUCGUGCCUCUCACCUACGAACAACAACAGCAGCAGCAACAAAACCAACGAGGUUGGUUAGACAACCACCAAGACGUGGCCACUUUCAGGCGCCAUAACAUAGCAGCUGCUCAUCAGCUUGAGCUAAUGACGCACUCAUCGCCUCCAAAUAAUGAUCGUGGAGAUGAUGCUGAUGAUUCCAAUGAUGAUCAUCUGGUCGGUACAAGGGAUUCCUCCGAUGCCAUGGUGAUGGAGAGCCAGAGAGAACAUAUGUUCGAUAAGGUUGUCACACCAAGCGAUGUUGGAAAGCUCAACCGACUAGUCAUCCCCAAACAACACGCCGAGAAAUACUUCCCCCUGGAUUCGUCCACCAACGACAAGGGUCUUCUACUGAAUUUUGAGGAUCGGAAUGGGAAGCCGUGGCGAUUCAGAUAUUCUUACUGGAAUAGCAGCCAAAGCUAUGUGAUGACCAAAGGUUGGAGUCGUUUUGUGAAGGAGAAAAAGCUCGAUGCAGGUGAUAUUGUAUCGUUCCAGAGAGGUGUGGGUGAGUUGUGUAAGGAUCGCUUGUUUAUUGAUUGGAGGCGACGUCUAGAUGCACCCGAUAUACUACUCCCAUCAUCAUCACUAAUUCCCAAUCACUCAUUUCCAGCACAUCAAUACUUGUCUUUCCACCAUCGGUCCAUCCCCAAUUGGAAUGUUAAUCCCUUAUUCUUGCCGCCUCAGACUGGGAUGUCGUCAAUAUCACUAGUACCAGCAGCACGGGGCCACUCGCACCUGCUACAGCCAAGCACCACCACCAAUUAUCCGUAUACCUACGGCCAUGGAAGCAGCUCUCUCGGUAGUUACAACGGUGUGGUAAACCCUUGUUCGGGCUCGGUAGUUUAUUUCAGAUCGGCACAGGAAGCAGCACCAGCAGUGGUAGCCCCACAAGGGCCACAAAAGGUUGGAAUGUUACAAUUGCAAAGAGGGGGGAUUAGUAUUGGGGGUGGGGUUGUUGAGCCCAUGGUGUUCGAGUCGGUGCCGGUGGUCCAAGGGAAAGUUGCAGCAAAGAGACUCAGGCUGUUUGGAGUGAACUUGGAGUGUCCCAUUUUGGAGUCGGAUGGAUGUGACAUAUUGUCCUCCACCUCCAUACCCCAAUAUUCUUCUUCUACAAUGGCACCUCAGCCUCCUCAGCUUUCUUCUUCACUUCCGCCCUUUCAGUUAACGGCAUAUAAUAGUAGCCCCCUUGCUGCAAUGCACUCUGGCACGCUCAACGAAGGCAAGGCAUCCAUGUCCUUGGAUUUGGAUAUCUGAUCAGCCAGAGAAAUGAUACACAUAUACAAAGGGUAGAGGAGGAAAAGGAACCCAGAAUUUCAAGUCUAGCUAUGAACCUUACAGACUCAUCAUCCAUCAAUACCCGGUAAAUAAGGCUAUAUAUAGGAAGACCCACACUGGGAUGUUGAGAUUUCUUUACGAGUAUCAAGUCUGAUUCAAGGAUUACUAGAAGAUAUGGAGGAUGAAAGAGCUUUUGGAAUUUGACUUAAUUUGUGUGUAUAGAUAGACACAUUAUAGGUCCAUCAUGUCCAUUAUUUCAUGUUUUCUUUAUAAUUUGUAGCGAAGAUAUGUGUCAAAGCCUUAGUUAAUAUUGCAUUGCA